AUGUCCAUGGUCCACCUCACUGAAAAGGACGUAACAGGCUUCCUUUCGGGAAGCCCGCAUCACAAAUUAUUAGGGGAAAACAAUAUGAAGGAUGAGAGCCACGCAGUUUUGCUCAUCAUGAACAAGUACCCAAUUUCAACUCUCUGCUAUCAUUUAGGAUAUGUGAUUUGA